ACCUUCCCAUCUUCUUCGUCCCCAAAACCAGCAGCUGAAAAUUAAUUACCUUCCCAUCUUCUUCGUCCCUAAUAACACACUUAGCUGUAGAAAAAUCACCCUCUCUUCAUCGAUUUGAUUUUCCUUUGUCCCAAACUUUUCAUCUUCUUCUCAUUCGUCUUCAACAUCACUAAUUUUUUUUCUUCAUCUUCUUCUCCUUCAUCUUAACAGUUUCAAUCUUUAUCUGUAAACCACCAAAAUCACAAACUCAUGGCAAUAUCGAACCAGACCCAGCAUAAUCACCAACGAACAUCCUGAUUUACCCCUUCUCUCUGUAAACGGGGUGGGUUUUGCAGUAUUUUCUUCAUUAAUUCAGGUGUUAUUCUGUCUUGUAGAUUCAUCUCGUUCACCUAUAACUCAAGAACACAGGAUUUGACGACCCAAGGAGUAAAGAUGUUGUGUGACUAUGCCUCCAGUUUGGAAAACAACUUACUUGAAGAGAAUAUCCAGGCAUGUCAUCAUCUUUUUGUUUCCUUUUGGCCUUUUCAAUACUCUGUUACUGAACUUUACCGUUCACCAUGGUCCACAAAUUCUGCAGACUUCAGCAUCCAGUUCACGGCUAACAUUCUCAUCAAAUGCUGGGGCAUUGCCUGCUCCAUCAAGUGAACCAUCAACUCCUGCUUUGAUUGGAUCUCAAGAGGUUCAAAGGCCCCCUCGUAAUGCUGCAUCACCCUCAAGCCAGCAGAGAAGUAACGGGAUUUCAGGAGUGGCUGAGCUUGCUAGCGGCCUCGGGAUUUCUAAAGGUAUCCAUACAGAAGAAGAAACAAGUAAUAGAACGAGUUGGUUGAAACCUGCAUUUCUUAUGAGAACACGUAGCGCAACAAACAAUGUAGUGCAGCAAAUAUUGGUGUAUUUGCAACCAGCACCAUGAUUGUAUCUUUUGUUAUUUUUUUUUAAUUGUAUUUCGACUUAAUUGUAUUAAUGCAAGUUUGACUAAAUUUUUAUAAUAUGAAUAUUAUUUUUAUUUCA